AAGUGCCCAGCGAACACUCGUCCACACCUCGCGCAGAUCAUGAGCGCCGCAACGCUGUUCCUGGUAGCUAUUACGCUCCACACGGUAUUAUCGGCACCACAGCAGGACGGAUCGAAACAAGCUACCGUUGUAGAGCAGUUCAACAACUUUAACGGCAUCGACCCAUGGCGCUGGAGCUACACUCUGAGUGAUGGUAGCAGUCGCGUGGAGGAAGGGGAAGUGGUGAACGGAGAGCUGACGUUGAGUGGUACGUACACGUGGAAGGACCCGGAAGGUUCCGUUCACGAGAUGACCUACAUUGCUGAUAAACAAGGCUACAGGAUGACCCCGCAAAACCGCCUGGGCACGAACGCGGGACUCUCGCUAAUUGGAAGAUGAUCGCCAACUCAUCACUGCAGAAACCUCUCAGGCACACAUCUCCUAGUGUGACUUACAGUGUCUCUGGACAACAGCUGCAGAAGAGGCCAGUGUCGUAUACCUGCGCUAAGAUAUUAACUGGGACUUUCCACUCACUGGUUGUAUGUAAUAUGAGAACAAUAAACAACGAUUAUUAACAGUU